AAAAUCUGAAGACAUCAACUUGCAGAAUCCAACAGAUAUGUCCUAUGUUUUCAGUGGGGCCUACACACCUAUUUCAUGUAAACUUGUAGAGCAGGUUUUGACUAAGGAAGGUUUUACAGGUAUGGAGGAGAUCCUGAAACAUUUACCUGGAGGCACCUUCGCUGAUGUCAAAGUCAAACAGACCAAAGGUAAAGGAGGUACCACUAGUGCUACUUCUCCAUCACAACGCGUUGUCCUCGUCUACUUCCUCGGAGGAUGUACCUACUCCGAGAUCACUGCUCUCCGCUUCCUGGGGCGACUUAAAGGGUACCGAUUCCUGGUCGCUACCACAGCCUUGAUUAAUGGCAGUACAUGGCUGAACUCCCUGGUGGAGAAGUGAACAACACACCAUUUGAUUUAAAUGCAAACCAGUCAUGACAGUGACUGAUGGGUAACGUUAACGCAAACAAUUCAUUGGUAGUAGGAGGUCACGAAAGGUCACUUGUCCCAUGAACCUUGCACAAGUUGUGACUGCAACCAAUGAAUGUCAAAUUUGAAACUUGGACAAUCGAUCAAUUGCAGUAUAAACAUUGUUUGCCGUGUUAACGGUAUAUCAUACCCAAGGGAGUUUAGUCUGGCGUGUCUGAUCACACAAGUGUCGUGCUUGAAAUCAGUCAUGUUAAUGAUUGUUGAUGGUAUAAAUAGUUCAAAGGGAUGCAAUGCAGUAAUUAAGCAAAGAUAAAACGCAAAAAUGACCAAAAAUUGUUACAAUGGUGAUGAGGUUGUAUACCUUUGUGUAUUUACGACAUUUAGUCACAUAAAACGGGAGCAAACCAUGUAUUCAGAUCGAAGAUAAUAAUGAAAUUUUACGGACAGGCUAAAUUAGGCAGACUUAGUUACGACUGAAAAUGUUCUGACAUUCCUUAAGCUUUCAGUCCUACAGAUUAGAGCAGAGAAAGUUGUGGAUGGGGGUCCAUUGUGAUUGGUCAAUCAUCAAUUUAAGCAAGAAUUGGUUCAGACUGCUUGAAAUGAGAUUGAUGACUCCAUAUAAAGUUAUAUAGAUCAAAACCUGUUAAGCCUUAUGUUUGCAAGUUAACGAAUUCUUAUGUUUGGGGUAAUUUUGAAAAUAGACUGAAACAAUUUUUUAAUUGUUCAAAAGGGACAUUUGUAUACACUAAAACACUUUGUUUAUUUUACAUAUAUAUAAAAGUCGUUUUGAAAGUUGAGCUGUUGACACACCAAGUAAUUACUCAGAUUGAACCUUGGAGGCCUCGUUACAGUAACCCUCUGUUAUCUGGUUAUGUUUUAACCUGCUGUUUGAAUGCGGUGAUUACUCAAUAUGGGUCAUGCUUGUCCAACAUUGACAUAAUACUUCCACAUCCGGUUACGACAGGAGGCAGGCCAGAAAGGGACAGUCCUUUACUUAUAACGUGCACAUUCCUUACUGGUGUGCUCGUGGGGCUAAAAUUGAUCGAAGGGCCAGAAAUAUGAUGCAAAAUCCAGUCAGUGUGACUGAUGGGUCCACACUUGUAUGUAAAUACAGACAGAUUGUUGGACAAACAAAAGAUAUAUUAUCAUGUUCUAAAGUGAGAGAGUACACCAACUCAUGGAUGCUUUCUAUCAUUCGUGUUUGAAAUUAUUCGAUAAACUCUGCUCAGAAGCGCCACAUAUUCUGAACCAAACGUUGAAAUCGUGGAUUACUUGGUUGACUUGUUUUCGUAAGGUUAAGGGUUUUUUAUGUUAAAAAAAUUAUGAACAAAUUAGAUGUGGGAUUUUUGGUUUAUUUGUGUUAGACUAGUGUAUAAGAGUUAUUUAAAAUCGUAUCCAAAGGUACUCUUUGUGGCAAACUUUAAAAAGAAGCAAUACCAAACUAACUUUCCGAAAAAUAUAUGGCUGAACAGCAGUCGCAAGCAUGCUCACCGGAGCCAAGCAUGCUCACCGGAGCUGCUGAAAUUUGACGAACAGUGCUACAAUUAAAGGACUUCUACUUUACCACAAUGCCUGAACCUUUUUUGUACACAGUAAACGUAUGUAUGUGGUGUUGUCGAAUUUUAAAUGCAACAUUUUUUUACUGAUUUCCCUGAAAAUAUAUUAAGUAUUACCUAUUUAUUGGUAUUAAAACCUAACAUAUCAAAAUGUUCCACGGCUUUUCACAAACUUCUCAGCAAUGUCACGAGGACAACUAAUCACUAUUGUUAAGUGGUCUACAUGUACAGGAUAUGAACACUUCGUCGUGCAUUGAUCCUCAGUUACAGCGUUCCAAAUAAUUGUGAUAUUUUUGUUAUCAUUAACAUUUUAUUGUUUUGUGUUUCAAAUACAUUGUUGUUUUGUCACCCAUUGUUAUAUGACGAUUGUUACCAGUAUGGCUUAGAUUUCUGAGGAAGUUACAUUGUUGCUAUACUCGCUACCUGAAAGUUAUUCUUUGUCAUUCUGAUCGAGACCAUUUAAGGCGUUUAAGUAAAUUUUGAACUCCACGAAAUAACACUAAAAUUUGACCCUGCAAAAUGAAAUCGCUCUGUAUACUAAGCGUUGUCGUAAGGACACAACACAGCUGUCAUCACCACUUGUAUUGGCAUCGUAUUUAUAACAGUGACUGACCUUCAGUAGAUGUUAGUAUAUUUGUUCACAGAAACAUAUUUGGGCAUAUUCGAUUCUUGGAAAACGUAAAAACAUAAAUAAAUAAAUGAUCGUAAUAAUCUUUAAAAAAAUUUUUUUUUUUUUUUAUUUAUUUUACACAUUUUCCUAAUUUAGAUAUGUACUGUAUCUCUGAUAAUGAGAAGCAUGUGAGGUCACACUUAUUGGAUUACUAGUAUAUAUACUACAUGUUGUAUACUAUUUCCGAGUUUUAUGGGUGUCUGAAGUUCCUCACGAUACACGCUGAGUUUGUGUUCAUCAUUUAUUGUUGUUGAUAUGGUACUGCUACGUUGUAUGUAGUUGUUUUCCUGUUUCGUCGAUGUCAAACUAAUAGAACCCAGGGUUCGUUUUUGUGUUUUGAAGAACAGGUUUGCGUAAUAAUUGAUGAUUUUCAGUAAUAUUCGCUGGUUUAUAUUGUAGAUAAUACCACAUCCUGGCUCCUCCUAAUCGUCGUAUAGUGGUUAUCGUGUUAUGUUUCCAUGCAGAAACAUAUCUUAAUCCUGUUCUUUUCGUUUGCAAUAUUUUAUACAUUUUUUUUUUAAAUUAUUAAACAACACACGCGAAGCAUUUGCAGUGAACUUGUUUUGUUUAUUUCCGAUGUCUUACGUGAGACAGGUCUAACCAAGGCUGAUCAGUAUGUGAUAGUUACCAGAGAUAUGCAGUGAACUUGUUUUGUUUAUUUCCGAUGUCUUACGUGAGACAGGUCUAACCGAGGCUGAUCAGUAUGUGAUAGUCACCAGAGAUAUGGAUUUGAUGAACAAUUGUAUACUUAAAAUAAUAAAGAUUUGUUUCAUU